AUGGAGUUUCGCCGCAAGGGCACGUCGCUCAAGGGCACCAUCCAGCUCUUCUGUGCGCUCCUCUUCCUGUACGCCGCCUCCAUCUUCUUUCGCGGUGAGGCGGGCUUCUUUCCGGACGACGCGGCGCACCGCGCCAUCAAGGGCGCCGCGAUCUUCCAGGAGGAGACGCAGCUUUCUAAGACGGUGCAGACGGUGGGCGGCACCCUCGUGGCGAUCUCCGUCGCCGGCUCCAUCGUCGCCUACCUCUCGCGCGAGCGCUGGAUCACAUUUCUUGUGCUCGUCUGCCUGUCGGCCUCGACGCUCACGCUCGCGCAGCUCACGCGCUCGCACGCGAGCUCGUGGAACGACGAGAUGGAGGAGGGCCGCGCGGCGCGCUUCGAGCUGACGGACGAGGCGCGGUACGAGUACGGAGGCACCCCUGGCGAGUGGGCGCGGAUGCGCGGUGCGGAGAGACCAGAGGAGAGUGGCGAGUCCCGGCGAGGAGGCGGCGAGGAGUCGCCCUUCUGCGAGGUAGGUGUGUACGAGCAGGAGUGGGCCUCGUGCGGCGGCGGGGGCCUCCACUCCCUCUCUGCGGUCCUCGAGCAGCUGGACAGCUCGCAGCGAGAGCAGCUGGCGCGGGGCUGGCUGGUGCAAGGCAGCGGGCGGGGCGGCCGGGCGGCGGCCGGAGGCGGCGAGGGCGGCGGCGAGGGCGGCGGCGGGGACGAGGGCUACGCGGUGUUUUGCCCGGCGGUCCCGCUGCUAGGCGAUGCGGGAGGAGGAGGCGAGGCGGGAGGAGGAGGCGAGGCGGGAGGAGGAGGCACGAGCUUUGCUCGGCUGGUCAACGGGUACUGCCUCGCGCACCUCGGCGAGGGCCUCGUGGCGUGCUCAGGCUCGACGCGUCCGAGCGAGGCAGUGGACAGCGCCUGCUACGGCUCCAGCUGGUGGGAGGCCGGCGAGGCAAAUGCGUCCGAGUGGGGCGGAGGCGCGGCGGGCGGAGGCGCGGCGGGCGGAGGCGCGGCGGGCGGAGGCGCGGCGGGCGGCGUGCCUGUGAGGAGCGCCUCUUCACGGCUCGGCGCGGAUGCUGGGAGGCGGCGUCUUGGGUGUCGUGAUGUGCUCCUUGUCCUUGUGCUCGACCAGCGACGCAGCCACGGCUUGAGGAAGGGCAAGGUUACGGGGUUGCGGUCGCGCGCCUCCUCGGAGGCAAGGUAG